AUGGGGUUUUAUCGGAUUAUAGAGAUCGGACAAUUGCAGUUCGACUGGGCCCUUAUCAUGGCUAUGAUAGAGCGGUGGCGACCGGAGACACACACAUUUCAUCUACUUAUCGGCGAGGCUACCAUCACGCUAGAGGACGUGGAGGCUCUAUUCGGGUUGCCCGUUGAUGGUAUGCUUGUAGCUUACCCAUUUGCUCUUAGCGACUAUACGGGAGAGAACUACCUAUAUAUGUUGCAGAGGCUCACCGGUUUCCAGCUUGCGGAGCCGACUGCUUUGAGUGGUGCCAGUCGAUUGCAGUUGCUGCCCGUUAGGCAGCAUCUGGUGGCGCUACAUACGGAGAUUACUGAUGACUCAUCGCCAGAGGAUAUCGAUUGGCAGACGAGGUUGUUGCUGAUGAUGAUGUUUGGUGGUAUUCUGUUUUCGAACACUUCGGGAAACCUAGUUAGCUUGCGAUUUCUACAUCAUUUGGAGCGGCUAUAUGAGUUACCUGGUUACAACUGGGGUAGAGCUGUUCUAGCUUACCUUUAUAGGCAGCUGUGCCGGUCGUCCAUGGACACUGUGAGAGACGUUGACGGUUUUAUACAGUUGCUGCAAGUUUGGACCUGGGAGCGGUUCCAGCCACAUCUGCCACCGAUAGCUCCAAAUGCACCACCCCCAGCGUUUCUCCAAACAGCUAGGAGAUGGGUAGAUAGGCUAGGUCACGCCCCCAAGGUCGAGGCUCGACAUCAUCUCCCUUAUUACAGGGAUCUGUUAGAUUUACUUGAAGACGCUCAGUUCAUAUGGAGGCCCAACAGUGACGUGCUCAUAGCUGGAUUGCCAGGUUAUUUCUCCCGCGGUCGAGCUAUGUGGAUGUCUUCGGUCCCACUUAUAUGUCUCGAGACAGUCGAGCAUCAUGCCACAGAGUGA